GAGCUAAUGACUAGCAACACAAGAAACUGAUGCCAUUUUUCCCCCAUUCUAAAUACACGCAUUACAACUUCAUUACUACUGAGUGUAGAGGAUUAUUAAACUAUGAGUUGAGUGAUUUUUCUAUCUUAGUGGAUUUAUUUUUGUAUUCAUUUACUAGCAAGUAAUUGCUUCCGUUUUCGUUUACUUCCGGGUGAAUUUUGUAACUUCAAAACACAACCUGACAUUCUUGACGCUUCCAUGGCGACUGCUAUCAUCGUCGCGGCCGUAGUCGGUGGCGGUGUUCUGCUCGUCAUGCGCCGCUUGUUUCCCCGGCAAAAUGCGGUCAAGCUGCUCCAGUACCCCGCAGGCCUAAUGCGUGGAAAAACAGUCAUCGUGACCGGAGCUAACAGCGGCAUCGGGAAGGCUCUAGCCGGGGAGCUGCUGAAGCUUCAGGCUCGGGUCAUCAUGGCCUGUCGGGACCAGAAGAGCGCCGCCGAAGCGGCCCGGGACAUCCAGGGACAUUCGAGAACCGAGUCCGGGGAGGUGGUCGUCAAACAGCUGGACCUUGCAUCGCUCACAUCGGUCCGUAAAUUUUGUCAAGAGAUUCAGGAGGAGGAACCCAAGAUCGACGUCCUUGUCAACAACGCGGGUGUGUACCAAUGUCCCUACUCCAAGACGGAGGAUGGCUUUGAGAUGCAGCUCGGCGUCAAUCAUCUGGGUCACUUCCUGCUCACACACCUGCUGCUCGACCUCCUCAAGCGCUCCGCCCCCAGCCGUGUGGUGGUGGUGUCCUCCAAACUCUACAAGUAUGGCCACGUCAACUUUGAUGACCUGAACAGCGAGACAAAAUACAACAAGGCAUUCUGCUACAGUCAGAGUAAGCUAGCCAACCUGCUGUUCACCCUUGAACUAGCACACCACCUCGAGGGUUCAGGGGUGACUGUCAACGCACUCACACCUGGAAUCGUGAGGACCAGACUGGGCCGACACAUUCACAUUCCCGUCUUGGCAAAGCCACUCUUCUACCUGGCAUCAUUGCUGUUCUUCAAGAGUCCGUUGGAGGGUGCCCAGACCCCUCUCUACCUGGCUUGCUCCCCAGAAGUGGAGGGAGUGUCGGGGAAAUGCUUCGCUAACUGCGAGGAAGAGGAGCUGCUGGGGAAGGCUACAGAUAGACAAGCAGCUAAGAAGCUGUGGGAUGUGAGCAGGAGGAUGGUCGGACUCGAGGACUGAUUGUACAGUCUUGUAAAAGUAGUGGACAUAACAAAAGAAAGGCCAAUUUGAGUAUCUCAUCAUCUCACACUGCUUAUGAAGAUGCCUCACAGACACUGAGGAGGAGGAAACGGGAAGAGGGGUGAGUUUCGAGGCCAAUGCACCUUAUUAUGAACCAAAUUUCAAUUCAUCAACAACAGGCUAAGUUGCCGUUUUUCCUUCAAGUAAGAGGUGACAUUGCUUCCCUAGAGAAAUGUGAUGAAUGUAAACCAUUGUUGUACCACUAAAUGUGCUUUUUUUGCUGUGACAAUAAAGAAGUGACAAAAAAAUGUAUCGUGUUUGUAAU